CCGGCCUCUUGCUUCCUCCCUACCCCUCAACUUCUUUUUCUCUCUUUCUUUGUGGUGGUGGUGGUGGUGGAGGAGGAGGAACAUGGAAACUCAAGAGGAAGUCACCCACAUCGUCAAAGGGAAACGAACCAAGCGCCAACGGCCGCAAUCUCCCAUCCCGUUUGCCAUGAUUGCUAGCAAUUCGCCAAGCGGAGAUGGAUAUGGAGACGGGGGAGGAGGCUCCGGGUUCAUUGACAUAAUUGAUAACAAUACCAACUUGUCACCCACUUCGACUGAUCAAAGCACUGAGGAGGAGGAGGACAUGGCCAAUUGCCUAAUUCUUCUAGCUCAAGGCCAAUCCCGGGAAUCACCGAAGCAAGCCGAGGAGGAUCACGGCGGAGGAGGUGUUUAUAAGAUUAAUAGCCGGAGGUUUUUAGAGGCGGCGGCGGCCGGGAAGGCGGGGUAUUGUGUUUACGAGUGCAAAACUUGUAGCAGGACUUUUCCUUCCUUCCAAGCACUUGGUGGGCACAGGGCUAGUCACAAGAAGCCCAAGGCCAUGGCAGCGGAGGAGAAGACCAAGCAAUUCUUGUUAUCCUCCGACGACGAAGAAGCGCAGUUCAUCAAGAAGAAUCACGACAUCUCUUCGCUUUCUCUCCAACUGAGUAGUAGAGGUUUGUGCGGCAAUAGCAGGUCCAAGGUUCACGAGUGCUCCGUCUGCGGCGCCGAAUUCACGUCCGGCCAGGCCUUGGGCGGCCACAUGAGGCGGCACAGGGCGCCUCUAGCGACCAACACAGCUUUGUCGUUGAUUCCUCCCAUGGCCAUGGAGCCUGAUCAUCAGGAACCCAAGAAGCCAAGACACGUUCUUUCCUUAGAUUUGGAUCUCAACCUCCCGGCGCCGGAAGACGAUCACCGGGAACCCAAAUUCCCAUUUGCAACAAAACAACAACAACAACCAAAGCAGCAGCAGCAACAACAACAACAACAGCAAUCACCUCUUGUCUUCUCCGCCCCGACUUUGGUGGACUGUCACUACUAAAACAAAGGGUCAGAAUUUUUUUUUUUUUUUUUCUUCUUUUUUUCCAGUGUGUUUCCACCGUUUAUCUUCUGCGGUUGAUCACGAGACUGAUUUGAUGCGAAUUACCAUAAUCGUUUUCUUUUCUUUUUCUUUUUCUUUUUUCUUCUUUCUUCUUCAUAUUUAGCAUUCACAAACUGUAAGAUUCUUUCAAUUCUUUUUCCAUAUCUUGA